CAAAAGGUGCCUUGUCUCUCACAAUGACAAUGGUACAAUACAGUUGCACUCACGGUCAUAUGCGACUUAUCCAUCCACCUCACCCUGUCUUUGUAGCCGCACGUUUCAAACACAAACUCAAAAACACGAGAGCGAUUAUCAUCAUCUGGGGAAAAAAGAACGCAGUUUGAAUAAGCAAAUUAAACAAUACCCAACAAAACUUUCUUCUUUAUUAAUGAUUUCACACAAAGUUCACUUGUUCCGCUCACCAUUUCGCGUUCUGGGUUAUCCAUGCACAAAGCUGCCAAACACGCCUCUCUUGCUUUUGCUGCAUGCCAACACAAACGCUUCCUUCUUCCCCUCACCAACCAUCCUUUGUUCAUCACUCAGUGACGAUUCCUUUUCCACCCCAAAACCAAACCAGUUGGGUUACAAUCCUCCAGAGGAACUGUUCGGGCUGGAGGUGGAACUCAAGCCAAGCAAUGCUAAUUCUCAUUCACCAGAACCAAGGUCCUGGUUUGGACCAAAUGGACAGUAUAUCAGAGAGCUACCUUGUCCAAGUUGCCGGGGAAGGGGUUAUACUCCUUGUACCGAGUGUGGAAUAGAAAGAUCAAGGCCAGACUGUCCAAAAUGUUAUGGAAAGGGUAUACUGACUUGCCACCAGUGCUCUGGGGAUUGUGUUAUAUGGGAGGAAUCAAUUGAUGAACAACCAUGGGAGAGGGCUCAUUCCAUUUCCCCUCUUAAAGUGAAGGAAGAUGACGAAGUUGACAAAUUAGACAUAAAGCUAGAGGUGAAGAAAAAAUCCAAGCGCAUUUACCAGUCACCACCUCCAGAAGUUGGAUUAAAGAUUAGUCGUUCAUUAAAAAGUCUCAAUGCCAAAACUGGUCUGUUUAGCAAUCGAAUGAAGAUAAUUCACCAGGAUCCCAAGCUUGAGGCUCAGCGUGUGGCUGCUAUUAAGAAAGCCAAGGGAACUGCUGCAGCAAGAAAGCACACUUCCAAAACCAUGAAAGCUUACUUUAGUGAUCCAAUAAAUCGCCAGAAAAGGAGCAUGGCCAUGAAGGGAGUGAAAUUCUACUGCCAAAACUGUGGCCGGGAAGGGCACAGGAGACACUACUGUCCAGAACUCAAGGACAGUUCGAUUGAUCGGCGAUUCACAUGCAGGGUCUGUGGGGAAAAAGGCCACAACAGAAGAACAUGCAGAAAGUUAAGGAUAAGCCAUAGCAAUGGAAGAAUGAUAAAACACCAUCAGUGUAAAAUAUGUCACCAAUUUGGCCAUAACCGCAGGACUUGCCCUCAAGCUGUGCCUAGUAAAAGAAGAAACACUCAAGCUGUACCUAGUAAAAGAAGGAACACGGCCUCUCGAAGAGCAUACAGGUGUAGGUUGUGCAAGAAAGAGGGACAUAAUAUUAGGACAUGUCCUAGUAGAACAGUUACUGAACAUCCUCAAGACUAAUAAUCCUACUCAUGACAAUCACUAGUUUUGAACCUAGAUCUUAUUGUCGACGGUGAUUGGAACUGGAAAAGCUUUAUAUAUUAUGCUCACCCUUAUCUAUCUGCAACA